AACGAAAAACAAUUAAGAAACGUCGUGUCUGAUUUUCCAUGAAGACAGGGCAGGACAAGGACAAGGACGAGGUCGAGACAGAUCAGAACAGGACAUAAUCUCUUGUCCAGCGCGUAUACCGCAACUUCCCGUACCCUCCGACCUGCAACAACACCAUCGAGAUCCAUUAUUGUCGCUGCUCUGUUGUCUUUCCAGUGUGGUAGACUACCCGUUCGUCCAUCAUGUCCACCAUGAUCACGUUCGCAGCCAACAACGAAUUCUUCAGGAAACGGAAGCGCGUCCACAGAGCAUGCGAAUCUUGUAAGAAACGACGGAAACGAUGCAGCCAUACCUUUGAUGAAGAUACCGACCCCGGAAGCCCUACCAAAAGCGGACACUCCGCAGUCAACCCUACUUCAGACCCUUCUGCAUAUUCACCAGGCAAUCAUCACCCUUCUCAUCCUCCUCCUACUCAUCACCAUAAUCAGCAUAAUCAUUCUCAUCCUCAAAACCAUGACCCUAGAGCCCCGCCCCGUCCGGACCCUCACGGUCAUGGACAUUCCAACUCUACCGCCAUGCCACCACAUAGCCCACACGAGGAUCGUGGCCAGACACCUCCAAAUUUCUUAGGCUACCUCAAUCCAGAAGCUGUCUUGAGAGAGCAGGUCCAUGGAGUCAAGGAUCACCGAGGAAAGUCGAGUCAUUCUCCUGUCAUCCCUCCCGGAGGCCAAUGGGUCGAUGGCGAAAAUGGGAGACCUGCCACCGUCCAACCUGGAGCAUCACACUCAAGACUAGAUGAGACCAGUCCCCAGUCCACCAUUCAAGGUCAUCAAGAGACAGCCGUUCAAAGAGCUCUCCAUGCAUACCUUGAUGCCGUGGGCGUUUCCAUCUUGCCACCUAGGGCCAGCCAGGAUGCUCUGGUCGACAUAUACUUCGCCUAUGUCCAUCCCCUUCUUCCUAUAGUAGACAAGAACCUUUUCUCGAACUGGUACAGCGAGCACCGGGAACCGCGUCUGUUACUCCAGGCCAUAUGUGUCGUUGCUUCCAAGCAUGCCGAUGCAGCACAGCACCUGCAACUCGGCGACGACCCCAGGCGUUUGAGUCCUAGAGAUUUCUCCCAGAGACUAUACAACUCAGUCAUCGCCGGAAUCGAGGCCAAACUGGAGAAGAACCGAGUGAUACUGAUCCAAGUUUUGGCUCUCAUAUCACUCCACUGUGAAGGCCCUGAUGGCGCUGAGCAGGCCUCUAUGCACCUUGCUCAGGCUAUCCAUCACGCCCACACUUUUGGCCUACAGUUCGGCCACCAGUGGAAGAACCAAAAGUCGGACUCACAGGAGAACCUAGAGGACCUCUUCUGGUGUCUUUGGAGCUUAGACAAGAUCAAUGCUUGCAUGAAUGGCCGACCCUUGAUCAUGCACGACCGAGACAACAGCCUGACUAAACUACCCACUGAUCCGGAGAAGAGGUCCAGUCCCUUUGGAGUGUGGCUACAGAUAUCAGAGAUGCUAGACAAGGUCAUCGAUUACUAUCGACCAGGAAGAUCGGCCGAGGAGACAGGGUGGGAAGGGGACGAUUUCUUGGGCUUUGAAGAGAUGGUCGGAGACGGCGAAGAUAAACUCGAGGGUCCCAUUAUGAGCCUCUUGUCCUUGUUCCACCAUACCAUGUGCAUGGCUUCUCACAAAUCCCUCUCAAUCAACGACCCUGUCAAGUCGACACCUUCCUAUGUCCGCCAGAGUCUUUCAGCGACGCGUGUCAUCUCUUUACUCAACGCUGAAUCCCCGGAAUUUCUACCUCCAUUGCCCCUGGUGCCAUAUGCCCUUUCCGUCGCCUUGAGUGUAGUUUACCGACAUUUCCGAUCGAGGCGCCUGAAGGUACACAUCAACCGUGCAACGGACGAACUCAAGCAGUGCGUUACGCUCCUCAACCGCCUUCGGCCUGCAUGGUGGUCGGCGGGGACGAUGGCAGAUCUAGGCACCGCCGUUCUAAACAACGCCGAUCGCAACACACGGACUGUGAACACCCCAGCAGCGCCCGUAGACAAUUCUCUCGUCCCGCCGAAUCAAUCUGAUCUCAAAGCUGAUCAUCACCAUCAUCAAAACCCACAUGCCCAACUCCAGCAAGGCUCGUCCCAAUGGCAGCACCAACAGCAGUCGUCUCAGCAGCAGCAGAAUCAGCACCAGCAUCAACACCAUCCGUCUAUAUCUGGUAAUAGCGAGUCCUCGCCGAUCGAUCCUCGCCUCCGCCAUGGUAACCAGAGCGCGACGCCUAUCCCAAGCCUGCUCAAUCCCAUGCCAGCGCCGACGCCCGGUCAGCACCCAACGAGCAGCGAGCGGGCGCCCAUGCCUCCAGCAGGUUUCGACUUCUCAGAAGCAUCGCCCGACUGGCUGAACUUCGACGCCGCAUUUGAAAAUUUCGAAGGUCUGUUGGGAAGUUCCGGCGCAGACCUCAGCAACGAGCUGUUCCGCCCAUUGAACUACGAAGCACUAGAAGGUUUCCUCGAUCCUUCGAGUCAUCACGUCUAGUCUUAACGAAGUUUUUGAGUCUCGCUAAACCCAUUCGCCUUACCUUUCACAUUGCUGUGCAUAUCGUGUUUUGUUACUACUUGUGCUAAUUUUUUCUCCUUCUGUACAUGAUUUGUUCGUAUUUUGUUCUCAACCUCAAAGCGAUGGCGGCGGAUCUUCUUUUUGGGGAAAUGGUGUUUGUUGGAAAGCUCAAUCGCGUCGGCGCUGUUUGCCUCUCUCCCUCUCUCUCCUCUUGACCUAAGUACUUCUGCGCGACGGCCUCGGCCUCGGCCUCGAUCCGUUGCGUACUGCACCUCCCGCGUGUUAUAAUGUCCAUGGAAAACGACGAAAUCAAAUGCUUCCACACACACACACUUCUGGAAUUGUAUGUAUAUACCAACUAUGUUUCACUAUGCUAUAUCAUGCUAUACUAUGCU